CGGGCUCACACCUUUUUGGUAUAGCUAGCUCUGACGUAAGAUAUUCCUACUCUUUGUUCGCCUAUUGUCUCCUCGCUCUCGCUGACCAAAGGAUCGGUUUCGUUCGUCGCCUGCCUAGCCUAUUGUAUGUGACCGGCCCGAUUAGAAACAAUGCGCCCCCCAUUCAAGCUAGCUCUUCGCAGCUCUCGAUCGUGGAGCAGAGUCGCAUCGCCCCGAGGUCCCAGUCAGCCUGCAUGAGCCGGCCCAGUAUGUCUGCACCGGAGACUUCUAAACAGGGCCAUUACCAGCGAAUAACCUCGCAUUAAGCUAGUCUAGACUACUGCGCACAAUGCCGAGAUUAUGGUCCAUGCGCUCGGCUCACGCGGUGAGUUAUAGUAGCGCGGUGUAUAUAUAAGACGCAAAUGCCGCCAAGAAGACAGAGGAUGCGAUGCCAGUGUAAAUAGGACGAAACUAGCCCACGAUGCAAGCUUCCACCCGUCCAUUCGGGCUACUUGCCGCCCUCUUUGCGCUCCUCUGCUUUGCUAGCAUGGCCUCAGCCGCCACCUACGUCCGCCGCGGCUCCGACCCCUCCGUGAUCAAGAUGAACAACACCUUCUACUCCGUCGAGUCCGGCGCCGGCGGCAUCUGGAUGCGCUCCGCGUCUUCGCUCGUCGGCCUCGGCGCCAACAACGUCGACCGCGUCAACGUGUGGUCCGACAAGGCGGGCCGCGGCGAAGUAUGGGCGCCCGAGCUCGUCGAGGACGGCGGCAAGACAUGGAUCCUCUUCUCGUCCGGCGUGGCCAGCAAGCACCGCAUGUACGCCAUGAGCGCGGACCACCCGAUGGGCCCAUACACGAGCGAGACCAAGAUUGCGCUGCCGGACGACCAGUGGGCGAUUGACGGCACCAUGUUCAACUUCAACGGCGAGCGCUGGUUCGUCUGGUCCGGCUGGGAGGACGGCACGGGUAAAGAGCAGAAUCUGUACAUUUGCAAGAUGAGCAGCCCGACGCAGUCGACGGGUAAGCGCUUCAUCAUUUCGCAGCCGCGUGAGCCGUGGGAGACCAAGGUGUCUGGCAUCAAUGAGGGUCCUGAGGCGAUCAUUGAUCCGAAUGGUCAACUGCACAUUGUCUAUUCUGCGAAUGGGAGCUGGACGGACCGGUACUGUUUGGCAGAUUUGCGCCUGCGUAAGGGCGGUAACCCGACGUAUGUGUGGGACUGGUACAAGUCGAAUGGGUGUCUGUUUGGCUCGCACCAGGAUGGCAUGAUGAACGGCUGGGAUGCGACGCUGGAUGUGGACGGGCCGGGACAUCAUAGCUUUGAUAUGCCGAAUGGCGAUAUCAAGGACAGUCCGGGGGGGACUAACCAUAUUGGCUUCUCGUACCAUGCUGUUCCAAAGGGGACGCAGUACUCGUGGGAGAAUAGGGAUGUGUAUGCGGGUACGUUUGUGUGGUGGUCCAAGACGACGUACUCGCGCAAGAAUGUCCCUGGUGCGAACAAUGACGAGGGAUACAGCUUCAAGUUCUUUGAGUAA